AUGACCGAGGACGUGGUCCGUGAGAUCCUGAACAUUACCUCCGAAGAUAUUACGAAACUCAAGAAGAUUAUCGCAGAGGACGAGGAGAUCACAAAUGAAAAGGAGAAGAACGAAGUGGCUGUUACGAGUCUAGAGAUUCUUGAGGCCCACAUCUGGAGAGCAAGAUGCCGAGCCUUGAAGCUGAAUGAAGAAGGGACUACAGUUUUUGGGUUAUUCGUUAGAAUCCGCGGCGUUAUGGACCCGCCAUUACCAGAAGGCUACUAUGGGAAUUCCUUUGUCAAUCCUUCAGUGGCGUUGACAGUUAAGGAGCUGAGCGAAUCACCCUUGUCUCGUGUUGUGAGGCUCAUAGCAGAUACGAAGAGAGCGGCGUUAGACAAGCGGUACGUGUUGGGGAAACUUAGUGAGAUUGAGAGAAUUAAUCUGAAAGAGAUGGCAUUGUUUAAGGACAAUAAGGGAGGGUGGAUGACGCUCACGGAUUGGCGGCAAGUCGGUUAUCAGUACGAUGGUUUAGUGAACAUUAUACCUUUGGUUCCGAUGAGAAUGACAUAUUUCUGUAUUCUAUUGCCGGCGUCACAGGCAGAUCCAGGGAUGAGCGGUGGUGCUCGGUUGCUGGUAACGCUUCCUAGGGGAGCGAUGGCCAUGUUCAAGGAAGAGAUCAAGAACGCUUUCUAA